AUGUCAAAUCCACAAUUUCAAUGCCGCAUGUACGAGGCGAAAUAUCCCGAAGUAGAAGACUUAGUCAUGGUUAAUGUUCGGCAGAUCGCAGAAAUGGGAGCAUAUGUCAAGCUGCUGGAAUACGAUAACAUUGAGGGUAUGAUUCUUUUAUCCGAGUUGUCUCGAAGACGUAUUCGAAGUAUUCAAAAGCUUAUUCGGGUUGGAAGGAAUGAAGUUGUAGUAGUAUUGAGAGUAGACAGAGAAAAAGGUUAUAUUGAUUUGUCCAAACGUCGAGUUUCUCCAGAAGAUGUAGCCAAAGCUGAAGAAAAAUUCAACAAAUCCAAAGCAGUUUCGUAA